AUGCCGCAGACAAGGGCAGCAGCCAGACCCGCAGAGGGCAGGGAUGACGACUGGCAGGGUAGAGUAGAGGACGUUCCCAGUGAGGGAAACGCGGAGCCCGAAGAGGCCAUCUAUGAGGAGGUGACGUCCUGUGAGAGGAUGGAGCUCAGCCAGCGGCUGGCCGUGGAGGAGCUCAUCACCACCGAGGCCAGCUAUGUCCACAACAUCCAGCUCUGUGUGUCAGACAUCCGGGCACACCUCCAGAAGAAGAAGCUGCCUGAUCUUGACCUGGAAGGACUCUUCUCUAACACCGAUGACAUCCUCCACGUCUCCAAACGGUUCCUGAAGAGGCUUGAGGCCACGGCCACCCAGGAGCGCGAGCAGCUGCUCUGCAUCAGUGCCCUGUUCCAGGAGUUCAAGGAGGAGAUGGAGACCGUCUACAAGAUCUACUGUGCCAGCUAUGAGCAUGCCCUCCUGCUGGUAGAGAGCUACCGCAAGGACCCCAGGCUGCAGGAGGAGAUCUUGGAGACCCUGAACGCAGCAGUGCCUCACACGGGCGCAUCAGACCUCAGCUUCUUCCUGGUGAUGCCAGUGCAGAGGGUCACCAAAUACCCGCUGCUGCUGGGGAAGAUCCUGGAGAAAACCCCUGCCAGUGCCAGCGCCUACCCAGCCCUGCAGGCAGCUGUCCACGCCAUGGCCCAGGUCAACGCCAACAUCAAUGAGUACAAACGGCGCAGAGAAGUAGCAACCAAAUACAAUAAGUCUGAGCACCUGACACUGCGGGACCGCUUCGCACGCCUCAACACUCACUCCAUCGCCAAGAAGACCUCACGGCUGAGCCGGCUCUUCAUGCACGAAGCCGGCAUUGUGGCCAAGACGGAGGACAGGGAGUACGACAACCUGGAGGAGAAGUUCCAGUGCGUGGUAUCUAGCGUGGCUGCGCUGAAGGAGAACGUGGCAUCCUACCUGGGCCACUUAGAGAGGCGAGGGAAGACUUUUGUACACAGAUGUGAGAAGCUCCAAGGAACUACUGGAGCACCAAACCUAAGCGCCAAAGCACCAGACAAUAUCAAGCUGGGGCAGGCUGCCUGGGGCCCCAGGGCAGCCCUGGCCACUUUGCUGGGCCUGUUGCCCACCCCACACAAGUGCGAGCUGCAGAUCGACGAGGGACCUGCCCAGCAGUACCGCCACUUCGCAGAAUACCUUCAUUGUACUGUUUUCCCAGAGUUUAGCGAGAUGGGCAGCGUGACGUACGAGGAGGAGGCAGCCAUGAACACCUACCUUGCCAUCAACGCCCUGCUCGUGGCCGAGCUCCCGCAGUUCAACCAGGCAGCUCUGCAGCUCCUGGGGCAGAUACUGUGCUCCCUCAGUGCCCUGCAACAGGACUUGGCUGCUCAGGUCCUGCACCAGGCAGAAAACGAGCUUGAGCAGAUGCCCCACGGCUGCAUGCCUCUGCCAGGUUUCUGGAAGAUGGUGGAAGACACCUUGCAGCAGUCUGGCGCUCAGCUCCGUGCCUUCUGCCAGACCUUUGAGACGGUCACGCUGAGCCCUGUGACACAGCCUCUGAACCCUGCCGAAGAGCGGAAGGUCCUUUCCCUUGUGAGCAAGCACGGCCCAGACAAACUUUACCAAGUGACAAGCAACAUCAGUGGCAGCAAAGACUUGGACCUGACCUUGCAAAGGGGACAGAUUGUAGCUCUGCUGCAAAGCGUGGACACCAAGGGCAACACAAGCAGAUGGCUGGUGGAUGCUGGAGGUCCCCGAGGGUUUGUGCCUGCCGGAAAGCUCCAGCCCUUUUGUCCAGAACAAAGCCAGCAGCUCGGGAUGCAGUUGCCAGCCCCGGAGAGCGUCACAGAGAGAAGGCGAUGUUCAUAUGCAUCGCCUGAAGCUCCCAAGGUCCAGGUGGCCGCCUUUGCUCCAGCUUUCCAGGUGGUCGCUGGCUUCUCCUUCGCAGCCAGGAGUCCGCAGGAGGUCAGCCUCCAGGCAGGGCAGCCUGUGGUGGUGCUGGAGCCGCACGACAAGAAGGGGAGCAAGGAGUGGAGCCUGGUGGAUGUGAACGGCCAGAGAGGCUACGUGCCCUCCAGCUACCUAGUGACCGUCCCUGCGCAGGAGCCCGCGGGCUGGAGCUUGCCGGUGUGA